CCUCACGCGGGGGACACCUGACCGUCACGGCGAGGGUGAGGCCUCGCUGGCAGGAGCUACCCGGGGGACGGGUCAAGCGCCGGCAACCUCGCUGCGAUUCACAGGCUGCCUUGGGCUUUCUAGGAGCCGGCAGCUGGGGACUCCCCCCGCUUCGCUCCGCCCCUGCAGAGCCGGGCCGGGCCGGCAGCAGACUGAAAGUGAGAUGCUUGAAUAAGUUCUCUUGGAGAGGCAUGAUGUACCUUUCAGUUAACAGAAGCAUUCAAGGGUGAAACUUUAUGGACAUGGCCUCAGGUGGAAUUUUUUCCCCUCUGGAAAAUUUGGUCAAAGAUAACUCCAGUUGAAUUCUGUCCUGAGUGGUAAAGCUCCACAGAUCGAUUGCACACAUCGAGGUUCAAGAUGUGGACAAAAUGUCUGGGAAAUGGGAGAAAUUUAGCUGUUUUUCAUGGCAGAAUGUGGGAAACAUGACAGCAAACCCAUUGUUUUUGUGUAAUAUCACAACAGCGUUUCUGUCUUUAAUUAUUGCAGAGAAAUGUGAAGCCUAUCAUGUGAUGUUGAGGCAAAGUCUUGUGCCUGAUGGGCAGCCUCUUGCUAUUAAGUGUUCACUGGAAAAGUACUUGAAAAGUGGAGACUACAACGUAACAUGGUAUAAAGUUGGUAACCAAACAGCUGUGCCUAGAGACAAACUUUCCAGAAUUCAUCAGCAGAAGAAUUUAAUUUGGUUUCUUCCUGCAAUGUUGGAAGAUUCUGGAGAUUAUGAAUGUGUCAUAAGGAAUUCGACAAGCUUCAGGAAAAUGAGUACAAAAGUAACAGUUUUUGAGAGGAUAGAUGGUUUGUGCUUAAAUGAAAAAUUUGCUGUAGAGCAGGUGAUAUUCACAUCACCAUCUGCAAAGGUUGUGUGUCCACACUUGGAUUAUUUCAGGAAUGAGAAGAAUGUUCAUCCUGUUCAUUGGUACAAGAAUUGCCAGCCGCUGGAAGGGAAAAGAUUUGCCAUCUUAAACAGGGAUCUUAUAAUUUUGAAUGUGACUGUACAUGAUCAAGGAAAUUACACAUGCGAAACAAUGUACAUCUACAAUGGAAAACGAUAUAAUAUUUCACGAGACAUUAGUCUGAUUGUAGAAGUGAGCCCACCAAACAAGCCCCCUGAAAUAUCUUAUCCAAGAAACAACUCCAUUGAAGUGGAACUUGGCUCACAGGUUACAGUGGAUUGCAAUACAACAGGUGCUGAUGGGUAUCAGGUGUUUUGGACAGGCAACGGUGUAUAUAUUGAUGUAUUUUAUGUGAGCAGAAUUUUUGCAAGCCCCUAUGAGGAUGAAACUACUUCUGAUGGACGUCCCAUGCAUUCUGUGAAGCUGAUCAUUUCAGAAGUGAAUAGUGAAGAUUAUGAACAGCCAUUUAUCUGUCAAGCUUCAAACGCCUUUGGGCAGGUCGCAUCCUAUAUUAUAUUAAAACACGGAGUUCAUGAUAUACAAAGAUGGCUGACUGGAGGGCUUGUCUCUUUGGUAGUUUUAACAUUUAUUAUUUUAAUAAUCUACAAGAUUUUCAAGAUUGACUUGGUGCUUUGGUACCGAAAUUCUGUCUGUGCCUUUGUAACUAAGGAAGAUGGGAAAAUCUAUGAUGCAUAUGUCCUGUAUGCAAAAAGCAAUGGAGGAAGAAGUUUCUAUCGUUUGGAAACCUUUGUUCUUAGAAUACUCCCUGAUGUUUUAGAACAACAAUGUGGAUAUAAUCUCUUUAUAAUAGGAAGGGAUGAUUUACCGGGAGAAGCUGUGGUCAGCAUUGCUGAUGAAACCCUUAAGCAAAGCAGAAGACUGAUGAUUAUUUUGGGAUCAGAAACAUCUAGUUGUUGCCUAUUAGAAGAUACUUCUGAACAACAACUAGCUAUGCAUAACGCUCUCAUCCGUGAUGGGAUUCAAGUGAUUCUUAUAGAAAUGGAUGAAACACAGGACUACACAAGCAUGCCAGAAUCAAUCAGAUACAUUAAGCAAAAACAUGGAGCUAUUCAAUGGAAAGGGGACUUCUCAAAGAAAUCUUGUUCAGCAAAUACAAGAUUCUGGAAAAAAGUACGCUAUCAAAUGCCAUCCAGGAAAAAGAUACCUUAUUCUGAAAUGUAUUUGUUCCCCCUAGCUGUGAACAGUUCAGCAGCAAAGGGAAGUUAACAUGCUCUUAUUAAAAUAAUACAAAGAAGGUAGUUCUGAAAUGUGUGAGUUUUUUAGACAAACUCUUUUUAUUACAAAGCAAUUGUUUGUUUUUUUAUCCCUGGAGUAAAAGCUACUAAUUCCUUCCCCAAAUUACACCCUAAAAGAAAAACUCUGUCCAACUGUAUUUCUGUUCUGAGUGUUGGAAAGUGACAUAAUUUGUUGUGUUAGUCUCAUAUGGAUAUGAGAAGUAAACUUUGCUGAUGGUGGUAGACUAUUAAAU